ACGAUAUGUGGUGAAGUAUGAAGCGCGAGGACUUACGUACUAAGGCUAAGUGACUUUCCGAUUUAGUCUGGUACCCGCCCCCGCCACUCAUUAUAUUAUCUUCACCUUAGUCUCGUGCAACCAGACGCUCUGCUCGUAGGGGAUUUGCGGAGACAGCCGAGUGUAUGGUUGAACGAGACUAUCUUCACCUUAGUCUUGGAGGGGGACCAGACUAUAUUCACCUUUCAUCAUCCGGAACACCUCGGGCCUUUCACCGUGUUUUUCGGUGAAUGCGGGUGGUUUCGUCCCAAUUACAUAUUCGCACCUAGUGGAUUCUUAAAUUACAGAAUAAACAGUAUAUUAAAGAUGUGCGAAUCAAAUAACAUGAUUAUGCCAUCAAAAUGAACAUACCUUGGGCGUCGGUAAAUUUUAGCAUUCAUGCCCUAAUUUCGAUUCUAUUCAAUUGCUCGUCGUUAACGGAGAGUAUGCACUAAUCAAUCGUUCCGACCACUGUUGCUACAUACUCAAUGGGGGCGAAACUACUCGGGACGAAUCCACUUGGGGCGUACAGGUAAAGGUGCGAAUCUACUAGGUGCAAAUAUGUAAUGGGGACGAAACCACCCGUCACCUUUUUCGGUGAUCAAAGACUGGCGGGGGCGGGGACCAGACUACUUCAGCUCUCUACAGGAAAGGCCCGAGAAGUUACGAUGGGCAGUAAUCACGUGUCUUUCUCUUGCGCUGAACACGUUUCCGGUUUGUCUUUAAAUUGCAUUUAUAGCUAUCCCUGUGCCACAUCAAGAUGGUCAAGGAAGACAAGCCCACCUGGAAGUCAAACUACUUCUUGAAAAUAGCAAGCCUGUUGGAUGAAUAUCCGAAAGCCUUCAUUGUAAAUGCCGAUAAUGUUGGAUCGAAACAGAUGCAGCAGAUCCGUCAGGCACUGCGAAAUAAAGCCAUUGUGUUGAUGGGGAAAAAUACCAUGAUGAGAAAAGCCAUCAGAGGCCACAUGGAUAAAAACCCACUACUGGAAAAACUUCUGCCCCACAUUAAGAACAACAUUGGCUUGGUGUUUUUGAAAGGUGAACUGGUGGAGACCAGAGAUCUUCUCUUGGCCAACAAGGUGAAAGCACCAGCAAAGGCAGGUGCCCUUGCUCCCCUGGAUGUUAAAGUGCCAGCCCAGGCCACCACACUGGGGCCUGAGAAGACCUCCUUCUUCCAGGCUCUGCAGAUUCCCACCAAGAUUACCAGAGGAUGCAUUGAAAUCUUGAAUGAAGUGCAUCUGAUUAAAGCUGGUGACAGAGUUGGGUCAUCUGAGUCCACUCUCCUCAACAUGUUGGGCAUCUCUCCAUUUUCCUAUGGACUUAUCAUUGAAAAAGUGUAUGACUCUGGAACCAUUUUUGAGCCGGAAGUUUUGGACAUCACUGAUGAAGAUAUUAGGGAUAAGUUCAUGAUGGGAGUGAGGAACAUUGCUGCUCUGUCCAUGGUCAUUGGUUACCCAACUGCAGCCUCAGCUCCUCACUGUAUUGCCAACGGAUUCAAGAGGCUGCUUGCUAUUGCCGUAGAAACCGACUACAGUUUCCCCGAGGCUGAGAAGACCAAGGAGUAUCUGAAGGAUCCUAGCAAGUUUGCAGCAGCCGCACCUCAAGCUGCUGCAGCUGACUCUGCCCCAGCAAAGAAAGAGGAGAAGAAACCCGAGCCGGAAUCCGAGUCGGACGAUGACAUGGGCUUUGGACUAUUUGACUAACAGCUUGUUGACAAUAAGCAUUCUCAUCAGAUAGUAUUCCAUGCCGGUUAUUCAGACCAUAUGGCAAAGGAUACUAAAUAAAACUUGAGAAGAAA